UUUGAAGUCCCUCUCAAUCUCAUUGGUUCGUCUUCUCCAAACCGCCCAAUUGAGCGAAAAGGGGAAAUCACAGAGAUGUCGGAGCAACUCCCCCAAGAUCUUCAGACUGACAUCCUGGUAAGACUACCCGUGAAAUCACUUUUACGAUUCCAAUGUGUUCCCAAAUCGUGGAAAUCUUUGAUCCGUAGCACUGAUUUUGUAUCCAUGCACACCAACCACAAUGAGAGCCCUAACAAUUAUGCUCACUUAGUUAAAGGGUGCUUAAAUCGGAUUCACAAUGAGAAGGAGACGGACAUCGGAGGUAUAUUACACCGGUUCGAUGAUUCCUUCCGUGAGUUUCAAAAAAUUAAAUUUCCAUCUCAGACUGGAUAUAAAUUUUUUGAAGAAGUCCUCGACUGUGGCCGGGAAUUGAUACUUUUGACCAAUACGUACACGUGUAAACGUGGUAGUUUUGAACUCUUUUUUCUAUGGAACCCUGCAGCUAGAAUGACAAUGACUCUCCCUACACCUUGCAUUGAUGUACCCAACAUCACCGAGUACUGUGCUCACGGCUUCGGCUUUGACCAUACAAGUAAUGAUUACAAGGUGCUGAGAAUAGUGCAUGGAGAUAUGGUAGUGUAUGGGGUGGAACUGUUUAAACUCCGUACAGGUGCUUGGGAGAGUGUUACUCUCAAUCUCAUCGACAACAUUCGUAUACCUGAACGGUCUUCGCAGGCUUUCGUGAAUGGGGCUACCCAUUGGGUUGGAGUCGGUGGACAUUCAAGACGCGAUGGGUACUUGGUGGUCCUGUUGUUUGAUAUGUCUGACGAGGAAUUCCGAGUGAUGAAGCUUCCGGAUGUUAUAACUAUAAGGGAAUUCUAUUCUAUUUCUCUUGGGGUCUCUGGUGGAUUGCUCUCUGUGAUGCAUUAUAAUGGAGAACAUGGCAAUGGGAAUCAUAAUGGUUGCUGCAUUUGGUUGAUGAAAGAAUAUGGCGUAACAGAGUCUUGGACUAAACAAUACACUGUUGAUUUAAGGGAUCGGGGAGGGUUGUGGGAGGCAGUCAGUUUUAGGAACAAAAGAGUUUUGCUUCUAAUUGUGAGCCAGAGAAAACAGCUGGUCUUAUAUGAUCCCAUGGUCAACAGAUUCAUUAAUCUUGGAAUUACUAGUAUGGGAUGUAUGGGUAUUGUGAUUAAUACAUACAAAGAAAGUCUACUUCUCCUCAAUCAAGUAAAUGCUAUGCCAGAUCAGUCCCAGACUUCUUCAAGGGAAAUGAUGCAGCUCGCAAAAUGAAGGAAAUUUUAGACAAUUGGAACCCCUUGCUAUGUUAAAUAUGGUAAAUCUUUUAUUAUGAACUCUGAGUUGGAUAAGAAUGACAGGCUUAGAGAAUUGCACUAUUGAUUUAUGGGAUUGACAAGUACUGUCGAAGCGGUUGUUUUGAGGUAUGCCCUUGAGCAGUUUUGUAUUUGUUCGUUGCUCAUUUUCAAUAAAUUAUGGCUUAUCAAACA